CAGCCUGGGGAUUAUUAGCAGGUUGAUUUCUCUGAAUUACCAAAGGCCCAGGGAUAUAAAUAUUUACUUGUGUAUGUAUGUACAUUUUCAAGUUGGCCAGAAGCCUUUCCAUGUCGAAUAAAUCAGGCAAAGGAAGUAGUAAAGACACUGCUAAAGGAAAUAAUACCGAGGUUUGGGGUACCUCUGGGGUUAUCAUCAGACAGGGGCCCACAUUUUAUUGCAGGGAUAGUGCAGGAAAUAGCCAGAAUACUAGGCAUCACUUGGAAUUUACAUACGCCCUGGAGGCCCCAGUCCAGUAGUCAGGUGAAAAGGAUGAAUCAAACACUGAAAGGUCAGAUCAGGAAAAUUUGCCAGGAAGCUAAGCUAUAUUGGCCUCAGGCCUUGCCCCUGGCAUUGCUCAAGAUUCGUAUAAAGCCCCGAGAGAAGAUAGGUGUAAGUCCAUACGAAAUAUUGUAUGGCAGACCAUAUCACGCCACUGUAUUAAAAGGGGAAAUGUAUGUGAAUGGGGAUAAGGCAAUUGCAGAAUAUGUGGUAUCACUCAAUAAGACUUUGAAUUCUUUAAGGAAUACCUUGUAGUGGAAUAGGCCACUCACGCUGGAGAAUCCUGUUCACGACAUACAUCCUGGGGAUCAAGUGUACGUCAAAAAUUGGAUGACAGAUCCACUACGGGAAUCAUGGGGUAGACCUUACCAGGGAGCUGGAGUCGAGGAGAUCCAGGUAGAAUGGCAGCGAGGAGCUGAGAAGAGCCAGGGAGAAGUGAGUCUGGAUUGGGAUCAAGAUGCUCAACAAGGAACUACAAUGCUGAGACUAACUAAGGUAGCCACAAAUGAUUCUGGAGAGUACAUCUGUUUAGUUAGGAUUCGGAGUAGUGUUGAUUAUAAGAGAAUCCAAUUACAAGUGUUAUCAUGGGAAGAGACCUACUCAGAAAACGUAGUAGUGUGGCCAACAUUAGCAGUCGUAGAUCUAUGGGAGGGCCCACCACUUAGGAUAAAUUGCUCCUUUUCAAUAGAAUCUGGAUACCCAAGGAAUUUACGUGUCAAAUGGUGGAAGCAGAAUAAAAAUUUAACCUGGGAUCAGAUAGAAACGGGGAUAAGUUGGUGGGAGUACAAAAACCAGGGAAAAGGUUGGCUGAAUAUCACUGACCCACAAAUAGGCAAAACAGAAGGGAUCUACUUAUGUAUAGUAGAAGAUGAUAUGGCUGGGGCAUAUAGAUUGAGGAUGGUUCAGGCAAAGUCUCAUGGUGUAUAUCAGGAGGCAAGAGGACAGGCAUUUUUGAAAAGGCAUAUAAGGAGAGAUCGGAGGGAAAUUGGUCCCCUAAAACGGAACGAAGGGCAGGAAAAUUUAGUAGUAGGGUUGAUCAGGGACUUUGGAAUAAUGCAGAAUGUCACCAAAAUAACUGCUUGUUUGCCGUUACCACAAGCUGCAGGGGAACCUAUACCUUGGGGAAUAAUACCAAUAACCGAGAUGCCGGAAUCUUUUAAAAAUGUAUCUUGGACUUGUCAGACAGUGCCAAAGUCAGUAGUAGAAUGGAAAGAUGUAUGCAAAACAAUUAGAACUAUGACCGAGGCAGAUUGUAAAUUGAAACACAAUUAUUAUGGGUGGAUUCAAAAUACAAAAAGGUGUUUAAUUACAUUUCCAAUCGAUGAGCCAUGUAACAGGCUACGAAUCAGAAACAUAAUCCAUCGAAAUGAGAUGAAGUGUCAGAACAUCACACAGAACUAUGAUACCUGGCAGGAGUGGAAAACAUUGUGGGGUCCUAGUGUUUUAGAGCAUUAUAAUUAUUUGGGGGAAGUUCAAUAGUGUAUUUAAUAGUUAGGGAAGCGAAACCAAUUUUAUUAUAGAACUUUUGUUACAUCCACAUCCUCUAGAGCAUUUAAGGCACAGAAAGAGGAAUAGAAUUGCACACAAGUUUUCACGUGCGACACUCCAGAGGAUCAGAUAGGACUAGUACCAAUUAAAAUGGCCUUGAAGUGGAGAUGUGAGUGUAGGGGAUAUAAUCAUACAGUAAACAGGGCAUCAACCCAUAGAUUGUAGAUAUACAACUGUGCACAGCCCAGGAAAUCUGGUUUGGGUCAUGGGACACGGACAGUGGACUACCCAUUUACCAUUAGAUGGGCCCACCACUCAAAUUACCCUCGGAAUCCCCACCCUAUGUCCGUAUUGGAAGCAGAGCAAAUUAAAACAUAAAGAAAGAACAAAAAGGGAAGCAGAUCCGGAGGAACAAUGGCAUGAACCUGAUGCAGGAGUGAAAUUUGGAUGGGUAUUGGAAUCUUUGUUCACCCCAGUAGCUACUUAUCGAAACAGAGAAAUGUUAAAUAACCUGUUAGGGCAGACAGAGAGAUUGGCAGCAGCUACAAAGAAAGGGUUCAAAGAUCUAAAUUUACAACUUCAAGCUACGUCAAGGAUGACUCUCCAGAAUCGAAUGGCCUUAGAUUUGUUGCUGUUGAAGGAUCAUGGAGUUUGUGGUUACCUCAGCCAGAGAAUAGAUCAUUGCUGUAUUCAUAUACCAAAUGUAACUGUAGAGGUUGAAAAGGAUAUUUUUCAGUUAGACAGAAUAGAAGAGAAGACAAAGGAAAUUGAAAAGGAAGCACAACAUAACUGGAUAGGAGCAGUGUUUGAUUCUUUAGGACUCCAUCUCUCUGGUUGGAUUACAUCCCUAAUAUAAUAUGCACUAAUGUUGUUAAUAUCUAUAGCCAUCAUUUGGAGUGUGUAUAGAUGUCUUAUAGGAGUCAUCAAGAAGGAAAAGAAACAAUCCCUUCGGUUGAUGAAAGCGAUGACUCGAGGAAGACAGGAGGAAGAAACCCAUGAAGAAACCCGUGCAGCUUCCCACAUUACUGAAUGAUUGAGCAUCCUUGCAGCAGGACUGAAGGAUGCUCAAAAGGGGGGAAAUGUUGGAAAUUAUUUAAAUGUAGAAAUUUUGUAAAGUAUAGUAUGUAGGAAUUAGUAGCCGUUUGAAGUGUGGUGUAACCUUUGGAGUGUGUAACCAUAGUAUUCAAGCAACCGUAACGAAUGUUUAAUCAGGGAGGGAAGCAAGAAUGUUGAUCUGUAUACAAUGUACUGGAAAUCAUGAUAGGUACUUGAUUUAUAGUUUUGUUUGUAGCUUAAGGAGUAUAUCGUGAGUUUCACAAGAAGCCAGUUGCUAAGAAAGGGAAUUGUUGGGGAGGGGGGUCUGUUACUUGGAGAAAUUUGUAACAAACUGUAGUAUAUAAGGAGAUCGAUGUAUCAGUAGCGUUGGAGCUCUGAUUUGGGACAGGGGUCCCCGGACUCCCGGGCCCUCAAUAAAGCACCGCACAAAA